AUGUCGACGAUCGUCGACGUACUCGCAGAUGCAAAGAUCUGUGCCAAAGCAGAUCCCGAUCUUCAGUGCGCGCUGGCACUGCUACUGGACUUCUCAAAGGCAUAUGACUCGCUGUCACGGGUAGUCUUUCUCGCCGCGCUUCGGAAGCUCGGGUUCCCGCAAAUAAACGAGCACGUUGUAGAUGCAACGGGGUGA